AUGAGUGACGACAAUGAAGAGACUCAAGUUCCUGAAACCCAAAUUGAGAAGGAUAACAACCCUACACCAAAUGAAAAUGAUAGCAAUCCUGCAGUAACUGAAAAUAACGACACAGAAGCCACAAUUUCAACUCAAGCUGCUAUGAAUAAAAGGAAAGGUAGAUCUCCUGCUUGGGAACAUUUUGAAAAGAAAGAAAUUCGAGGUCAAAUAAAAGCUGUGUGCAUUCAUUGUAAGAAUAUCUUAGGCGCAAGUAGCAAGAAUGGGACUAGACAUUUACUUGAUCAUGUAAAGUCUUGUCUUCAUAAAAGACAAAGAACCAUAGAUCAAUCAAUGUUGAAUCCUACAAAGUUGAGUGAUGGGAGUGUCAAACUUGGCACUUAUAAUUUUGACCACGACCAUGCCAGGAAGGCACUUGCAAAUAUGAUUAUUCUUCAUGAGUAUCCAUUAUCCAUGGUUGAUCAUAUUGGAUUCAAGAUGUAUUCCAAUGCUUUGCAACCAUUAUUUAAGGUGUGUUCUCGAAACACAAUCAAGAAGGACAUAUUUAAGGUUUUUGAAGUUGAGAGGGAGAAAACAAUGAAGUUGUUGGACACCAACAGAAGUAGAAUUGCCAUUACAACGGAUAUGUGGACAUCGAAUAAUCAAAAGAGAGGAUUCAUGACUAUCACAUCACAUUUCAUUGAUGAUGCAUGGAAUUUACAAAGCCGACUAAUAAGGUUUGUAUAUGUUCCAUGUCCACACAUGGCGGAGGUACUUGCUGAUGCUUUAUUGGAAUGCAUGUUCGAAUGGAAUCUUGACCGUAAGUUGUCUACCUUAACUGUAGAUAAUUGUUCUACAAAUGAUUCCAUGAUUGCGAUAGUGUUAGAUAAGAUUUGCUCGAGUUCACUUAUGUUAGAUGGACGUUUAUUCCACAUGCGGUGUUGUGCUCAUAUUUUGAAUUUGGUAGUGAGAGAUGGCUUAGAGGUGAUUAAAAAAAGUAUUGAGAAAAUUAGGUACAGUGUUGCAUUUUGGCUAGGAACCCAAAAAAGAGAGGAGAAAUUUCUUGAAGCGGCCAGGCAAUUGAGAGUUCCAACCUCUAAAAUGUUAGAACUUGAUUGUAAGACUAGAUGGAACUCUACAUAUUCCAUGCUUAAGACUGCAAUGAUAUACAAAGAUGUUUUUCCUCGUUUGAAGCACCGUGAGCCAUUGUACAAAGAAGUGCCUAGUGAAAGUGAUUGGGCAAAGACAAAGGAGCUUGUUGAUAAGUUGGCCAUGUUUUAUGAUGUGACUGUUCUUUUUUCAGGGACCAAGUAUCCUACUGCCAAUCUUUACUUUAAGAAUAUUUGUGCUAUUAGAUUAGCAAUUUAUGAUUGGCUUAGUUCUGAACAAGAAGAGGUGCAAGCAAUGGCAUUACAUAUGCAAACAAAGUUUGAGAAGUAUUGGGAUACAAUGCAUGGUUUGAUGGGAGUUGCAAGUAUUUUGGAUCCAAGGUAUAAGAUGAAACAAAUUGAAUUUUUAUGCUCUCUAAUAUAUUCAAACAACGCAGCUCAAGAGAUUAAGAAAUAUAAAGAUAUUCUCUAUGACUUGGUCAAGGAGUAUCAGUCAAGAUCUCAACAAAGUCAACAGGUGCAAUCUGAAUCUUUGAUUCCUACUUCGUCAUCUAGACCAUCUAUGCCUAAACUUGAUUUGGUAAAGCAAUUAGAUGUGUUUGUUUCUCACUCCACUACCCAUGGACAUGUUAAAUCUGAGUUGGAUCAUUAUCUAGAAGAGUCUCUUUUACCUAGGAAUGAUGAUGAUGAUUUUGAUAUAUUAUGUUGGUGGAAAUCAAAUGGGAUCAAAUAUCCUACUUUGCAUGAUAUUGCUAGAGAUAUUUUGGCCAUUCCUGUAUCCACAGUUACUUCAGAGUCUUGCUUUAGUACUAGUGGAAGGAUUAUAAGCCCUCAUCAUAGCCGGCUUCAUUCAAACACAGUAGAGGCAUUGAUGUGCGCUCGCGAUUGGUUAUGGAGUGAGAUAAGAGCUUCAAGCCCUAAUGAGAAGGAAGCUAGAAGAGUUACCGUUCAAGAUGAAGAAGUUGAUAAUAAUGAGGAAGAGGAGUCUACCAUUGAAACAGAGAACAUAUCUUUGUUUUUUGAUUAA